AUGGCCAGCUUCAUGUCCAACUUUUUCCAGUCGGGUCGCGACAAGGUGGCCCAAGAGACCGCUCGCCCCGCGACACCCACCAAGAUCACAACCAACAACAAUUUCCUCAACCCGCUCAACACCCCUCAGGGCAGCCCAAGCAAGAAGACUCACCCGCCGGGCGCCCACGACUUACCCUCAGCCUUUGACAGUGCCAUGUCUCUCAAUACUGGUGAGGCCGACACGCCUGUUCGCUUAUCGCGUCCCCAGACCAUUGUCACCCCUCUCUCGCCAGCCAAAAUCAAUGCCCAGCCCGUCGAUGACAGCAGCCUUGUUGCCGAUGAUAGUGUCUUGCACAAGGCACCGACCCCGGGCAGUCCUUUGAAGAAGCAGGGUCAGGAGAACACCCCUCCUAUUCAGCACAUGACACACGCUGCUCUCUCGCGACAGCAGUUGUACGAGGGCAAGGAGCGCCCUUUAACGCCAGCCAAAAGGUUCAAUACAUCACGCGGCCUGACAGCCGAGGAGCGCGAGAUUCUGCAGAGACCCAGUGUCCGCCGGCUCGUCAAUGUCACUCAACUAUACUUUCUCGAUUAUUAUUUUGAUCUCCUCACAUAUGUCGGUUCCCGGCAGAACCGCCUCGCUGCUUUCAACGCCGAGUUCCCCGCACCCCCCGCGACCGAUGAUGCGACUUUUAACCAGAUGUGGAGCAAAUACGCCGGCCGCGAGCGUGCCAAUCUUCGCAAGCGUCGCGUCCGUCUGCGUCAGGGUGACUUUCAAAUCCUGACUCAGGUUGGCCAAGGAGGCUAUGGCCAGGUCUUUCUGGCUCAAAAGAAGGACACGCGCGAGGUGUGCGCGCUCAAAGUCAUGAGCAAGAAAUUGCUUUUCAAGCUCGACGAGGUCCGUCACGUUCUUACUGAGCGUGAUAUUCUCACGACAGCGUCCAGUGAAUGGCUCGUGCGACUGCUCUACUCUUUCCAGGACGACAGGAGUAUCUAUCUUGCCAUGGAAUACGUCCCGGGCGGCGAUUUCCGCACUCUGCUUAAUAACACGGGUGUCUUGUCCAACCGCCAUGCCCGGUUCUAUAUUGCGGAAAUGUUCUGCUCCAUUGACGCAUUGCAUAAGCUCGGCUACAUUCACCGGGACUUGAAGCCUGAAAAUUUUCUCAUUGACUCCAGCGGUCAUAUAAAGCUGACGGAUUUUGGUCUGGCCGCCGGUGUUCUUGCUCCGUCACGUAUUGAGUCUAUGCGUGUCAAGCUGGAGGAGGCGUCCGAGACGUCGGUGCCUUUUGGGAAGCCUAUAGAGCAGCGUACCGUUUCAGAGCGCCGCGAAAGCUACCGAAACAUGCGUGAGAACGACGUCAACUAUGCCAAGUCAAUUGUAGGCUCACCAGACUACAUGGCUCCCGAGGUCCUUAGAGGGGAAGAAUACGACUCCACAGUGGACUACUGGAGCUUGGGAUGCAUGCUGUUUGAGGCCCUCACUGGUUUCCCACCAUUUGCCGGUGCUACACCCGAAGAGACGUGGCGCAACCUGAAGCACUGGAAAGACGUACUGAAGCGUCCUGUGUGGGAGGAUCCCACCUAUUUCCUGAGCAACCGCACGUGGAAUUUCAUCACCACCUGCAUCAACUCGCGCAUGCGACGCUUUAGCAACAUCAAGGAUAUUUACAACCACCAGUACUUUGCCGAGGUGGACUGGGCGACGCUGCGGCAGACGCGCGCGCCGUUUGUGCCUGAGCUGGACUCGGAGACGGACGCGGGCUAUUUUGACGAUUUUGGCAACGAGGCCGACAUGGCCAAGUACAAAGAGGUGCACGAGAAGCAGCAGGCGCUCGAGACCAUGGCCGAGCGCGAUGACGAGAUGAGCAAGAGCCUCUUUGUCGGCUUCACGUUCCGCCACCGCAAAACGGCGACGGGCGAGGAUGGGGCCGGCGGGAGCAGCAGCCCGCGGAAACGGAUCCCGGCCGACGACGCCUUUGGCACGAUGCUCUAG